UUGAACUCUGUGGUUGGACUCAGUGGACUGGAGAGGAUUAGACGGACUGUCGUAGCUCCUGCCCGUGUUUCAUGCCGUGCCGUAAAGCGUGCUGAGCUGAUGGGAGCUGUAGUACACUGACAUCUUAGUGAGCGCAAAUUCAGUGGGCGUCCAAGGUGGGGGUAGCUAACACAAAAACAAACCCACACAAGGGGUUAUGCGGAGUCCGCGGCCGCAGCUCUUUCGAGAUGUUUUCUUUCUUUAAGCGUUACCUAGCUGGUUGUCCUUUUUAAUUUAUCGAAUCCCUCCGAGCUGCUGGACUGGACGGUGUUAUGAGCGGACUGUAGAGAGGACAGUGCGUCACGGCUAGCUACAAGAUGGACACUGGAGAGGAAGCUGAUAUAUGUAGAGUGUGUCGGUCUGAGGGAACUCUAGACAAACCUCUCUACCACCCCUGUGUCUGCACUGGAAGUAUUAAAUUCAUCCACCAGGAAUGUUUGGUGCAGUGGCUGAAACACAGCAGAAAAGAAUACUGCGAAUUAUGCAAGCACAGAUUUGCUUUCACGCCAAUCUAUUCUCCAGACAUGCCUUCGCGGCUCCCCGUACAGGACAUUUUUGCAGGCCUAGUGACCAGUAUAGGCACAGCCAUACGAUACUGGUUUCACUAUACGCUGGUUGCUUUUGCUUGGCUAGGAGUCGUACCUUUAACAGCAUGUCGCAUCUACAAGUGUCUGUUUACUGGUUCUGUAAGCUCCCUCCUGACGCUGCCAUUAGAUAUGCUCUCCACGGAGAACCUGCUGGCAGACUGUCUGCAGGGCUGCUUUGUGGUGACCUGCACUCUCUGCGCCUUCAUCAGCCUAGUGUGGUUACGAGAGCAGAUCGUCCACGGUGGAGCACCACUGUGGCUGGAGCAGAACCAGCAACAGCCUGCCAAUGCAGCAGGACAGGCAAAUGAGGCUGCAGGUGCAGGCAAUGGAGGAGCAGAAAACCUGCCUGUCCCAGCCCCAGCUGAGCCCCCAGCAGAGAAUGCCGUGGCAGCAGAGUCCCCAGAUGUUCCUCCUGACCCGGCUGAGGACCUUGAACUGGACAAUGAAGAUGAGGAAGAAGCCGGGGGUGAGGAUGCUGCCGACGCCAACAAUGGCGCACAAGAUGAUAUGAACUGGAAUGCGCUGGAAUGGGACCGUGCAGCCGAGGAGCUUACAUGGGAAAGAAUGCUUGGUCUGGACGGCUCUCUGGUUUUCCUGGAACAUGUUUUCUGGGUGGUCUCUCUCAAUACACUCUUCAUUCUGGUGUUUGCUUUUUGCCCAUACCAUAUUGGGCACUUCUCAGUGGUCGGCAGUGGCUUUGAAGAUUAUGUUCGUGCCUCUCAUUUUGAGGGCCUCAUCACCACCAUCGUUGGUUAUGUUCUGUUGGCCGUCACUCUCAUCGUGUGCCAUGGUUUAGCAGCAUUGGUGAGAUUCCAAAGAUCAAGGCGAUUAUUAGGAGUCUGCUAUAUUGUGGUUAAGGUGUCGUUAUUGGUCGUUGUAGAGAUUGGUGUAUUCCCUCUAAUCUGUGGCUGGUGGCUGGAUAUCUGCUCUCUGGAAAUGUUUGACGCAUCUUUAAAGGACAGAGAGCUAAGUUUUGAAUCGGCUCCAGGCACAACUAUGUUUCUACACUGGCUUGUUGGCAUGGUCUAUGUCUUCUACUUCGCUUCCUUUAUUCUCCUACUCCGAGAGGUCCUCAGGCCUGGAGUCCUAUGGUUUCUCAGAAACCUUAACGAUCCGGAUUUUAACCCAGUCCAAGAAAUGAUUCACCUGCCAAUAUACAGACAUCUCAGACGAUUUAUCCUGUCAGUGGUUGUGUUUGGUUCAAUCGUUCUGUUGAUGCUUUGGCUACCUAUUCGGAUAAUCAAACACAUCUUGCCAUCCUUCCUUCCCUACAAUGUGAUGCUCUACAGCGAUGCUCCGGUGAGUGAGCUGUCCCUGGAGCUGCUAUUGCUGCAGGUGGUCUUACCAGCUCUGCUAGAGCAGGGACACACACGGCAGUGGCUGAAGGGCCUAGUGAGAGCCUGGACAGUUACCGCUGGCUACUUACUAGACCUGCACUCGUACCUGCUAGGAGACCAAGAGGAGAAUGAGAACAAUGCCAACCAGGCGGCCAACAACAACCAGCAGCCCCGUAACAACGCCAACGCCAUCCCAGUGGUGGGAGAGGGUCUGCAUGCUGCUCACCAGGCCAUCCUGCAGCAGGGAGGACCUGUGGGCUUCCAGCCCUACCACCGCCCUAUGAAGUUCCCUCUCCGGAUUGUGUUGCUGAUACUUUUUAUGUGUGUGACACUGCUCUUGGCCAGUUUGGUGUGUCUUACUUUGCCAGUGUUUGUUGGCCGUUGGCUCAUGUCGUUCUGGACAGGCAGUGCAAAGAUACACGAACUGUACACAGCAGCGUGCGGCCUGUACGUGUGCUGGCUGUCCAUUAGGGCCAUAACUGUGCUGCUGGCCUGGAUGCCCCAGGGCCGGAGGGUCAUCCUGCUCAAAGUCCAGGAGUGGACGCUCAUGAUCAUGAAGACUCUGAUUGUGGCAGUUCUGUUGGCAGGGGUGAUUCCUCUAUUGCUCGGGCUGCUGUUUGAGCUGGUCAUUGUGGCUCCUCUCAGAGUUCCACUGGACCAGACGCCUCUGUUCUACCCUUGGCAGGACUGGGCGUUAGGAGUGCUGCAUGCCAAAAUUAUUGCCGCCAUUACCCUUAUGGGCCCUCAGUGGUGGCUGAAAACUGUUAUUGAGCAGGUAUACGCCAAUGGAAUCCGCAACAUUGACCUCCAUUUCAUCAUUCGAAAGCUGGCUGCCCCCGUCAUUGCCGUGCUGCUGCUGUCUCUCUGUGUGCCCUACGUUAUUGCUGUGGGCAUUGUCCCAAUCGUAGGAGUCACUAUGGAGGUGCAGAACCUGGUCCAGAGGAGAAUCUACCCCUUCCUGCUGAUGGUCGUGGUUCUGAUGGGAAUCCUCUCUUUCCAAAUCCGACAGUUCAAGCGCCUUUAUGAGCACAUCAAGAACGAUAAGUAUCUUGUAGGACAGAGACUUGUGAACUAUGAACGUAAAGCUGGUAAACCCAGCACAACCACACACAACAGUUCAGCGCAGGAGUAAAGAACACGGGGAACACGUGUGUGAAAGAGAGAGAGUGAGUGUGGGUGAGCGAGUGAACCCCCCUCCCCCUCAACCCCGUUCCCUCUGCUUCCCUGUGGUGCGCGUGUCCAUCAUUUCUCAUGUCCUUCAACACUCAAGAACUUGCAAUGACUCCUGGCCUCUCUGAUCUUGCCUGAAAAUCGUGGCUCGAAAACUAUAAAGUGUUCAUAAACAUACAAAAAAGAGAGAAAUUUUCCAGUCAACCAACUUGGAUUUAAAAGUAUGUGUCUCUGUACAUCUUUGGAAAAAAUGAAAAAUUACGUAUGUAUGUUAAUUUAUUAAAUUAGUUGUCACUUUAUUUUGUGGAAUCCUGUUGCUUGGUCAGAAACGAUGCCAGUGCCAGUUCUCUUCAGUCUUUUGGGCAGGCCUGUAGGAGUUGGGGGCCAAGAGUUCACUCAAAACACAAGCGUCUUGGGACGUGACUGUAAUAAUAGUAGCUUUUUAUUUAUUAGUUUUGAUUUCUGUGGGGUAUGUUAUUGACGUUCUUAAUGACAGGAUGUGGCCUGUGUCGAAGCUGUCUCAAACCAUGAUGGUCCCUAACUGCCCUAAUCUUAACCAGUGUAGCAGAAGUGGCUGUAAGUGCAUUUGAGGCGCAUACCUCAGAAAACGAACCAAUCCAGCUCACCACUGGACUGUGGCAUUCUUUUAUGUGGAAUUGGGGGGGGGGUCUUCAUGCUUGGUUUGUGCAGGAUGCUGUUGUUUAUUUUCCUGAAGCAUGUAGUAUACAAGCACCAAGGCAGCAGCAAGCAGCUUGAGCUAAAGUUGGAUGGUAGUGUUUAUGGCUCACAGUGAGCUACAAAGCUUACUUCUGCCCCUAGCUUUUCAUUUGGCUCUGAAAACUUGUUUGUCCUUUCUGAUAAAUCAAGAAGACUGUCCUAGAGUGCUUAUUGCUUCAGUGGCUAGGCUAGCAUAUUAGUUUGCUGUCCAAGUUGUAAGAUGUAAGAUGUUGACUGUUGUGUGUCCGUCUUGUAUUCAGCAUGGCCCAAAAAACGAUUUUUCACUUCAUGACCUUACCGACGUUAUUCUAGCACAUAUAUGAAAUGUGCUUUUAAAAAAGCAUCUUGAAAUGUCUUAAAAACAGCAAUAGUUUGGAAACCCUGUAGACCAAUUUGCUUAGACAGUGUUAAUAUAAUUUCACCUUGAUUAAAACAAACUGCUACAAUUUUGUCUCAAGGUGAAUGAAUGGUUGGUACAAGUUUGGCAGAAGAAGAUAAUCUUUUUGUCUACUGUCCAGGGGGAAAUCCUCAAGAGUUUGUACAUAAUUUAAUCUGUACAGUACUUGCGCAUCAUGUUUUUGUAGCGAGGUCUGUUUUCUCUCCAUUUCAAAUUGUCCCUGUCUCUGUCACGAGUUCCAGAUUUCCCCUCAGAUUGACUGAACUUGUUGCAGAGCGCUUUAGAGAUAGUCCUUCAGCGCUGAGAAUCUCUAAGUGACCUUACAGUAUCUUCUGACACCAACCCUGGAUACUGUAUGCUUCUUAAUAUUGUUUGGGCUCCUUUAAAAGGCAAAUGUUUAUAUUUUUAUAUGUGCAUCUAGUGACAGUUGUUUUUUUGUUUUUGGGGGGAGGCGGGGGUGAUCCUGUACAGUCUGCCAUCAGUCUAAUGUCCUGUGUGUCGCUUCCUAAGCUUCUCUAGGAGGUUCGUUUCCAAAUUUCCAAAGCGAGGCGACAGUGUGCAGGCAGCAUGCUGGGUAACAGUACUAAACACUCUCACACGUUUGGUUAACUCGGCCUUGUCCUUUCCACAGCAUGUUCGUGUGAGAAGUUAUUCAGUAUUCUGAAUGUUAUAAAAACCUCCUGCUGGGAGGCAGUGGCUGUAAUUACAUCCUUAUACUGGCAGACGAGUAAUUUUUUUUGUUUGUUUGUUUCUCUGUUGGAGAAUUUUAUUACAAAUAUUAAAUCACAAGUGUGGUAC